AUGGACGGUUGCAAGCAGAUCUCUACUCAACCCGCUGGCUCUGGACAAAUGAGUAUCAGCAAUGCCGACCCCGGCCUCGAAUCGCAACAAGCAGUGACCGAGACCGGCGGGUCAUCUAAACCAAUAGCCCGCGGCCCGCUGUCGAAAGCCGUCCUGCGGAUGCGCGGCGGCGAGGGCCACCAUUGCAUCGCCGAAUGCUGCUGGUCCGUCUCCCCGUUCCCCGCUCUCUCCAAUCCUCUCAUCACCCCGCACUGCAUCCCACUGACUAUUACUCCAACCCUGAAAAUCCCUCGUAACCGGCCCGGGUUCGUGUGAAACACAAUAUGAUGUCCAUGCUUUUUUUCAGCUGUCUCUGCAUCUGCUGUGGAAUCGAAGAGCUGUUAUGCAUCGAAGCGAUCGACGACUGUUUUGGCAUGUGUUGCUAG